AGGAGGAGGAGAGAGCAGCCUACCGCAGCUGGCGAGGAGAAUGGGAGUGCGGGGCGCCAGACCGCCGCGGGGUGUCACGGCCGCGGCCAAGCUUACCAAGCGCGGGGCAGGCGCCCGCCGCUUUUAAACCCGGGAGGGCGCGGCGGCCGCGGCGGCGGGCGGAUCGCGGCGCGCGCGGGGCGCCGGGCGGCGGCCGGAUGGAGAGGAAGGGCUCGGCGGCCGCGGCCAAGGGGAACCCGAGCCCGCCCGCGGCCGGCGAGGCUCAGCGGCCGCCGCCGCCGCUGUGCGUCCCGGGCGGCGGCGGCGGCGGGGUCCCGGCGCACGGCCAGGCUGGGGCGGCGGCCGAGCCCGCCGAGUUCAUCAGGCGGGCGCACGAGUUCAAGAGCCAAGGGGCGCAGUGCUACAAGGACAAGAAAUUCCGCGAAGCCAUCGGCAAAUACCACCGGGCGUUGUUGGAGCUGAAGGGGCUGCAGCCGGUGCCCGGGGAGCAGGAGCGGGACUCGCGCGCGGCCUCCCCGCCCGGGGCCCCAAACCCCGGCCGCCUCUCGGAGGAGCAGAGCAAGACAGUGGAAGCCAUCGAGAUCGACUGCUACAACAGCCUGGCAGCCUGCCUGCUCCAGGCUGAGCUGGUAAACUACGAGCGAGUCAAGGAGUAUUGCCUCAAAGUUCUAAAGAAGGAAGGAGAGAACUUCAAGGCCCUUUACCGGUCUGGUGUGGCCUUCUACCACCUUGGAGACUACGACAAAGCCCUCUACUACCUGAAGGAGGCAAGGACCCGACAGCCAACAGACACCAACGUGAUUCGGUACAUCCAGCUGACGGAGAUGAAGCUCAGCAGAUGCUCCCAGAGAGAGAAGGAAGCCAUGUAACAGCUGCUGCCGCCCCAGAGCCGGGACUCCCAGGCAGCCCCCAGCGAAGAGCCCCUCCUAGGUUUUGUUCCCUUCUCCCCACUUCCUCCGGCUGCCCCUCAACAACCUGUCUGCUCCCAGUGUGAAAAGAAGGAGACAUGCAGGUUUGGAACCUGGCAGGUUGCCUGCCAUGGAGACACCCCUUCUCUAGCAGGCCAGCUACUGAGAGGGACCUAACUUCUUCGGGGACAGCCGGAGAGGACUCUUACAGGGCCGAGAAUGCUGUCGUAGCUUUGACUUUGGCCAGUGCUUCUGACAGAGGCAGAGCCUGCUGAGUGUACCAGCCCAACGGCAGCAGGCACAGAGCCCCCGGGCCGGACCCCCUCACACUUUGCCGACAGACCAGAGCAUCUCAAGGCAACCGUGACAACUCCAGGGAGGAGACAAACACCAGAAGCCUUGGGUGAAACCAACAGACAGUGAAUUUGUACACUGGAUUCCCUGCCCCCAGUCACCUCAGCCCCUGCCUCCCUCCCUCCACUUGUGGUCUCGGCCUGGCUUUCUUCUCUCCCCCUCAGGGAUCUGAGACUGCCAGGAUUCACAUGCCAUGGAAGCCCACUCUCAGUGCCCUCUGGUGACCACACAUACCAUGCUCCCGUACUCCCACCCAGCAGGCAGCUGGCCACAGCAGAGCGGCAGGGUGAGGUGGGCCAAGGCUGAGCGCUGAAGCGCCGAGGUGACGGAGGGGAGGGGCGGUGACAUCCUAGGGGAAGGAGCAUUGUAUUGCCUUCAGGAUCGAACUGUGGACUAAGUCAGUGUAAAUAAAAAUAAAUUAACAGGCAGCAGUUCCUGUCAUUUCUGUUGGAAGCGGCCCACUCCCUCCCUCAGCUCUGAGUCAGAGCUAUGUACGGCUUCCCCCAAAGCAAGGGGCCGUUUGUCUGGUGGUAAACAAUGUUAAGCUGCCGCCUUUGUGCGGUAGAGUGGGCUGGCGCUGUGGAGCCUGCCCAGGGACUUGGCUUUGUGGGGAUUUGUACAGCCUCCUUUUGAUGAAAUUAUCUGGACUCAAUAUCUAGCACAUAGAAUGUGUUCAACAAAUAUUUGUUGAAUGAAUAAAUUAUGACUGCAGACUGGCUCUCCUGCCUUAAACUAAUUUUAGCCCAGCCUAGUCUCCUGAUAUCUAUGCUCUUUACGCUCUGCCAUGUUGCUUUAGUCAAAUAAGAAACAUUUACUGAGGGCUUAUUGUUUGCCUAUCAUUGUGCAAUACACCGUGGGACAGAGGAUGUAGACCCGGUCUUUAAGGAAAUAGAAGAGUUGAGAAAUACUCAUAUGAGAUUGUCACCAAUGACACCUUUAAUUUAUAUGAUGCUUUAAAUUUUUCAAAGCACUUUCGUGUAUUUUUUGUGUGAUUAGUGAGACAAUAUUGUACAAAUUAAAAUAUAUACAGAUGCAAUAAUGUUAAUAGCAUUUAUGAAAUGCACUAUCCUCAGACCACUACAUGUAUAAUCUCAUUUCUUUCCUGCAAUUACCCUAUGAGAUACUAUUCCCAUUAGGUGGAUAAGGAAACUUAAAAUCCAGAAAUAUUAACUAUCCCAAGGUUAUAUGGCCUUACGUGACAUAGCUAGGAUCUGAACCAGGUCUGUCUGACUCCAGAGUUCUAGCUCCUAACUAACCUAUGGUUCGCUGCUGCUCUACAAAGUAUUAUAUUGAGCGGUUACCACCAUUAGGGAGCAAGACGGUGCGUAUUGAGUUGAAAAGCCUUGACUAUGCCCAUGAUGGUACGUGGGCUGCCUCUGUAUUUAGUCCAAGGUUAAAAAAGGUCCCUAACACCAGACUCCCUAGUGAUCGGGGCAGUGACAGGCCAGGAAAGACAGCCGAGACCUAGCAGUUAUUUCUGUGUAUUAUUCAUUCUACUUUCUGAUGGCAGCGCAUAUCCAAACCCACCUAGCGUUCCCCCAGCACUGGGGAAGGUUCACAAUUAUAGGUAGAGAUCGAAAGGAAACACAAAGUUAAUUAUGGGUUCUACGUGUAAUCAGAGGCUCCGCCACUGCAGGAUCCAAUCACUGCUGAGGGGCCCAGAAGCCAGCAGUCCAGGUUAUAUUCACAUAGCUCCUGAAAGGCUUCCAACGGGGGCUUCAAGAAGGUGCUAGAAAUACCCAGGGGCCCGCAGUUGCUUGCCUAUAGCUCACUUCCGGAGAAGAGGAAAAGGAAAAUGCUGUUACAGCUGCCACAUUCUCCCCCAACCCCUACCAGAUCCUUCCCUCUGCCCUCUUCUUCCAGAAUGACUUCACCCGUCCCCGACUCAGAACCGUCCUGCAUCAUACACAGCAUAAGCAGAUGUGCAAAACUCCCCCGUUGCCAAGCCUCCAGCCCAGAAAGCUUGCAAGUUGGCAAACUGCUUGUCGGGAGCUGAAGGAAGGGGACGAGGUCAGGGGUGGACUGCAGAACCAGUUCUUCCUUUGGUCUUCAUGCCGUCAGGAAGGACUCAGACUAACUAUCCCCGAAACAGAGCAGGAGAGAGGUCUUGCCUCAACAAGUAAGUUGGGGCAGAGCUGUACAGAUGGGGAUAAGAUUGUCUCCAUCCUUCUAAAGAGAAGGUGGAAAACCAGAACUAGGGGAGGACAACCUUGGGCACAGGCCAUCUGCCUGUCUGGUGGUUUGCAUACACUUGCUUACUGGAAUCCAUUCACUGUGACCCAAAGUUAAGUGAUCCCAAAGUAAAAAAUUGCCUGCGGGUGUUGUUCGAUGUUUGGGGUGGAGGGAUUGAACUUGCUGUGCAUUUGUCCAACAGGGACUUCAGAAAGCUGUUAAGCAAGAUCAGGUCUAUUCACCCUAGCAGACCUUCAGCUUCCUGCUCCCCAUCCCUCCCCAAAACGGGGACCGUGAUUUAAUGACACGCUUUGUUUGCAGAUGUCACUGCUGAACCAGACCUGGAGCACUAAUCCUGGAUCUGACCUGCUUUGUCAUCUCCUGCUUGGACUUUUGUAAUAGACUCUUUGUGGAAAAAAUUAUACUUUUCUUGUUAUUGUUAUGAAAGCCUCACAUGUGUAUUGUAGAAAUUUUAGCAGGGGAAAAAAAGACAAACUCCAGCCCAGCAUCCUACCACCCUAGACAAACAUUGCUAUCCUUUUGGACUUAUCUUUCAGUUCUUUUUGGUAUAAAUGUACACAUGCACAUGAUGGUUUUUUUUUUUUAACAAAAACUGGAUUACACUGUGUAUAUUCUUUAGUAACUUACUUUUCAAAAUGUGUAUUUAUAUUUUAGAAUAUGUAAUACUCAUACAGAUGCAAAAUUCAAAAAGGACACAAAGUUCUAUAGUAAGAAGUAAAUCUCCUUCCCACCCUAUCUGCCAGCAUCUAGUUUCCCUCUGAUUACUUGUACUGUAUAUCCUUCCAGAAACAUUUAUGCAUUUUUCAAAUAUAUGUGUAUAUAUUCUUUUGUCACAAAUGGAAGCAUAUCAGACACUUUUUUUGCACCUUAUGCUACUUCCCUUACUAUAUUAUGAAUGAAACAUUUUUCGUGUGUCUCUCAAACUUUUUCAACAGCAUCCUCAUUAUGCAGAUGGACUCUCACUUGGUAGCCCGUCUCCUUAUAGUGAUUAUUUCAUUUGUUCCCAUUCUCUAUUGUAAAUAAUGUUGCAGCAGACAUUCUUGUAGCUAAAUUUUGCACACACUUAUGGCUAUUUCCUUGGGAUAAAAUCCAAGAAGGAAAUUGCUUAGCUAUCCUUUAAGAAUUUUGAUAUAUGUUGCCAACUGCCUUCAGAAAGUUUGUACUAAACUUCACACUCUCCUAUUUGCCGGCUUGAGAGUGCCCUGUUCCCUGCAACCUCACUAAGAGUGGGUAUGGUCAUUUACCAAAUCUUUACCAGUCCAGUAGGAAAAUAAUAGUAUGUCAAUGUUAUUUGAACUCACACUUCUUUGAUUAUUAGUGAAUAACAUCUUCAAAUGCCCACUGACCAUUUGUACUUGUUUAUUUGUGAUUUUUCUAUUUAUUUGAUAUUGGUAUGUUUAUUCUCAACAUGUAAUUUUAUUAAGAAUAUUAUUUUUGUCAAGAAACAUUGCAAAUAUGCUUUCCAAGUGCUCUGCUUUCAAAUUUUGUUUAUGGUGCUCUUUGACACACAUAAAUUCUUAA